CCUGAAGCUGGAAUGUGAGAAGCUGGUGAGCGAGAAGACAGAGAUGCAGAGACAUUAUGUCAUGUACUACGAGAUGUCCUACGGGCUGAACAUUGAAAUGCACAAGCAGGCAGAGAUUGUCAAGAGACUGAGUGCCAUCUGUGCCCAGAUUAUACCCUUUCUGACGCAGGAGCACCAGCAGCAGGUCCUGCAGGCUGUGGAGCGCGCCAAGCAGGUGACCAUGGGGGAGCUGAACAGCAUCGUCGGGCAGCAGCAGCUUCAGCACCUCUCCCACCAUGCAUCCCCCAUCCCGCUGGCACCCCACCCCUCCAGCAUGCAGCCUUCUAGCCUGAGCGGGGUCAGCGGCACCUCGGGGCUCCUGGCCCUCUCGGGGGCAUUGAUGGCACAGUCUCAGCUGGCUGCCAAGGAGGACAGAGUGGCCCAGGAUGGGGAGAACAGAGAGCGCACCCCGAGCCGGAGCCUGCAGGACGAGGAGCGGACAACAGGAGGCCCAGGGCUGAAGCGGAAGCGGGAGGAGAAGGACCUGCCUGGGCAUUAUGAUAGCGAUGGGGACAAGAGCGACUACAACCUGGUGGUGGAUGAGGACCCCCCUUCAGAGCCCGGCAGCCCCAGCCGUGCACCCAGCAGCCAGUUCCCACCAGCCCGCCGUGAGAUGCCCGAGAGCCCUGCCUCCAUUGCCUCUAGCCAGAGCACGACGCCCCCCAAGCCAAAGGACCAGAGUCUG